CGGGUUCGGUCGAGAUAGACGCGACGCAUCGCCGGGUUCGAGAUGCGCCGAAAGGCAGCAUCAUUGUUUGGGAUGCACGGGCCGUAAUGCGGCUUUUUUUCUUUUUUUUUUUUUUUUUUACUCGAAGCUAGCUUAGCAGGUUAGCAAGUUAGCAACCAGCUAACUAGCUCACGGCUAGUUUGAUUGUUAUAAACACAGCUGCGCGGAAAGCUCGUAGCUUGGUUUUUAUUUAGCUGCGGCUGCCCGUGCUAGGUCAUUGGAGCCGGAGCCGACGUGGAACCGAAAUAGCCCCGGGAACGGUUUUUUCACCCCCCUUUUCCUUUUUUUCCUGCCAGCCGCACGCACACUCGGUAAUCGUUAUCCGCUCGUAAUUACGGCUAAAGUUAGCUAUCAAUAAACGGAGCGCCAGCCAGCCAGAUUGAAUUUCCGAGCGUCGCCAAAGAUUUAGAGAAGGGGGGGGGGGCAGAAAAAGAGCUAUUCACACCUCCCGCAGCAAAUUUCCGGCAAACUUAAUGUUUGAUAAUUUUAAAAGAAACGUUCAGGGUUUAGACAAAUGUGUAUUAAAAGCGUAAUUAUCGCCAUUGGUGUCUUACCCAUUUUUAAAUAGCCAAUAGAUGCGCUAGCGACAUGGCAAUAUGUCACCCCCAUUCUUAGACUCCAUAAAGCGAACUUUUCUGCUCAUUUAACAAGCCCCGGCGUAAAAUAAAACUUUUUAGAAACGGCGUGCGGUGCUUUUUGUCGAGAUUUUCUCGAGGGUUUUCAGUGCAAAGUCGACGGCGCGUCGUUGGGCUCAUUGUGGCGUGUGGUGCUGCUAAGCUAACUAGCUGGCUAACUAUUAUGGAUGACAAAAGCUCAUCUGCUUGGUGUUGAAUGUGUGUCGCCUCGCCAAAUGGUCGCCGGCCCCGUUUGGGGCUCGCAAAUAAGUCGUCGAAACCGUCGAGAGCUUGCUUUAGUCACGAGUGUGUGUGUGUCUGUGUCCUAGUUCAAUUGCUCAAAUGUCAAGACGCGUUUGACCUAAAUAGCAUUUGUUUAGGCAAAUCCAACCAACCGAAUAAUUAGGAGCGUUGCAGUCAUAAUUUCUGUUUGCGUCAACAUUUCAUCGGCCAAGAUGUUAAGGGGUGUUUGAAAAGGAGCACUAAUACACUCAGAAAUGAUAUCUUAAGGCUCAAGGGUAUUACAUGUGGCUUCAUUAAAAAUAGAUGCAAGUGUGCAUAUUAUGGACUGAUUUGUAAGACACACGUCUAGACUUUUUCUAAAGAUUACAUUGCUUCCAUUUAAGCAUUCGACCAGGUUCUUCGUUAAUCGUUGGAAAAAAGAAAUCAGUUAUUACCGAGUAUUGGAGUCACGUAUUUGCAUUAACAUUUGAUGGGCCAAGGGGCAAAUGAGUGCGCAAAUAAUGGAACAGUGUCAAAAACAACAGUAACAUCCUCAAAAGUUUUACAUUCAAGCUGUGGGUUACUUGUGGGAUGCAAAGAGACAGCUGGGAUGUUAUAAAAUGCUUUAAUUUGUGUUAUGACGUCCUCUCUACAUUUUUACAAGAAAUUUAACAAGAUCGUUCACUCAUCUGCGAAGGGAAAUAAACCAACUAUGUAUUAGUUUUGCUUUCAUCCUUAUUUGCUUUCACAUUUGAUGGGCCAAGGUGGAAAAGCGUGCACAUUUUAGAUUGACUUGUAGACAAAUCUCUAGACUGCUAUAAAAGGUUUAUCAACUCUCUAUUUGUCCAAUAUUGCUGUGGAAAAAUCUUAACAACUAAUUAUUCUUGUUGAACUCAUAAAUACAGUAUACAGUACAGUUUUACUUUUCAUCGACGAAGGUGCAAAGAGUGUUGAAAAAACAAAAAAUUCAGCCCGCUCCAUUAAAAAAAGAAAAAACUGUAUAAUUUAUAUUAAAUUCCAGGCAGAUGUUCGGACAGAUGUACAAAUUUUCACCUCCAGUAGUACUUAAUGUGCUAUGUCUGUCGCCGUACAUCUGUAAAGGCAUUUAACCCUUUUUUUUAUGCUAAACUAGAUGAUAAAAGUGCAAGGUAAAUAUGUUUGAAAGCUUCCAGUCACUUAUUCCCAGUAAAUCCAAUUAAGUAAUUAAUGGGCUACUGUGUGGGAAAACAUUUAUCUGUACUACUGUUUAUACAAUGAAGCAGCAAUUGCUAUAAUUUGCUAGAAUAUCCCUGUGUUUACUUCUCUGCCCUAUUUCGAUUAAUUCUGAGUUUUUGUCUUUGAAAAUCCUGUGAAUUUAAGAUUUUUUUUUAACUCUUAAAGCAAACAGUCUUGAGUCUCGUUCACUAUUUCUCGCUCGGGUCGAGUCACCAAAAUGUUGCCAUAUUGGUGACCUAAAUGAGUUUGGAGGGGUCCGUAAUAGCCACGAUUCUUCCUCGAACUAGAAUUACCAGAAGCCACAGUUUUGCGCCCUCUAUUUAAAAGCGUGACACGUUGGUUUUAACAGACAUGUGAUUUUUGCAUUUAUAGGCAGGAUUCCAUCUUUUUAAAUUGCAUUUAAAAAAAAAAAAAAAAUCCCAAGUUUUUCUGCAAUAUUCCGACCAUAACCCAUGCCAGAAUCCAUACUCGUUCAUAUCCCGGUCCGACUUUUGCAAGCGAGGUGGAAGAUUAGAUACUUGUCUGUUGAUUGGUCCAAUGUGUUCCUCCUGACCAAUGCUUGUCAUAUACGAGGCAGUUUAUGGGGCCAUUAGCAAGUAAACACAAUGGGGGCGCUCGAGAGGAAAGACGCCUCUCGAGUGAAAGAAACUGAUAUAUGUGUCAAAAAUAAGUUCCGGCGGGAUUGGAUGGAACGAGAAAUCGUUCCCAAAAACGAACUUUUCCAUGGCUGGGAUAUUAAGAUGUCAACCCAAGGCCAACAAGCAACCCCAGUUGCAGACGGGUGUUCUCCCACAUUCCCAUUUAGAGUUACUGGCCUGGCCCGCGCCCGCACACAGCAAAACCACCACCAUGAGUAUUAUCCAAGACAAGCUCGGCAAUGAGUUUCUGCGCAACGGCGGCAUGGACCCCAAUUUUGCACCUGGCAUGCUCAUGUUCAGCCACCUGCCGCCCGUCACCAGCUUCACGCGGCUGACGUCGCAGUCGGUCAUGGGUGAGCUCCCGCAGGAGAUGAUCCUCAAGAAGGAGCGCGACUCGCCCCCGGACCACCAGAGCGCCAGUCUGGCCAACGCGGGCGGCUUCCUCCACAGCAUGGGCAUCAAGCAGGAGCGGCUAAGCGAGCUGGAUUAUCGCAUGCCUCUCUACGGCGGCGGCGGCGCCGUGCCGAUGAGCUGCGCCGGCGCGGGGAAGAGCGGCGACGACAUGCCGGACAUGUCUUACGGCAACCACCACCAAAAUCAUCACAACAUGCUCCUGCACGACCUCAGCCACAGCAACGUGCGCUCCCUCGGAGAACCGAUGUCUGGGCGAUCGGGUAAAGAGCCAAAAGAUUCCUCGGGUAAAAGAGGGAGGAGGACCAACGGGGACGGACAGGGAGGCAAAGCCCGAAGGAAACGCAACGACGCCGGAAAGGCCAUGAUGUUAGACGCGGAUGGAGCCUGCCUGUCGCCCAACUCCAAGCCACAUAUCUGCGAGCACUGUAACGCUGCCUUCCGCAGCUCCUAUCACUUGCGCAGACAUGUGCUCAUACACACAGAUCGCACAGGUGAGAGGCCUUUUCGGUGCAGUCAGUGUAACAUGAGCUUCAUUCAGAAGUACCUGCUCCAGCGGCAUGAAAAGAUCCACAGUGGGGAGAAGCCAUUCAGCUGCGACCAGUGCAACAUGCGGUUCAUCCAGAAGUAUCACAUGGAGCGGCACAAACGGACGCACAGCGGCGAGAAGCCGUAUCGAUGCGAUACAUGCCAACAGUUUUUCUCAAGAACAGACCGGUUACUGAAGCACAAGCGGACUUGCGGUGAAGCCAUAAAGAAGGGUCUGGACCCAAACAUGCUGGAGCUCAGUGAUGCCGAGCUGGCCCAAGGCAGCUAUUCACUCACUCAGGGAAAUGCGACCACCUCCGGACGCAAGCGGGCAAAGUCCAAAAACGCCGAGGGCGGCGAGCGCAAGAGAAAGAAGAGCGCGGCCGCCGCGUCCAUGGCAUCGUCGUCCAUGGCGACCUCGUCUACUGCGGCGAUGGGCCUGCAGGACUACAGCAUGGAGCAGCCCUCCGGUUCCGCCAUGCAGGGGCGCUCUCCCAAAUUGGUCUUUAAAAAAGUGGGCCGCAAAGGGCUGGAUAAAGUCCUCCAUUCUUUAGAAGACAGCGCCGACGGACAAAAACUCUUGGGCCAGAAAGCUGGCACCAUGGAUCACGUGGACGCCAUCGGGCUCGACAACAUGGGUCUGCUCCAGGGAGGCGGGAGCAACAAGCAGGGUCCCGCCACCAGCAGCAACUACGACGACGCGAUGCAGUUUGUAAAAAAGCGGCGAUACCUCCACGCCGUCAACAACGACUACGGGGCGGGCGCCCUCCACAUGGCGUCGCAGGGAGGCAGCGUCAUCCAGGUGUCCCUGGGGCCCGAACCCACGCUGACCAUGCUGGACACCUCCCCUCUGGAACUCAAGCACGACAAGUCGGGCAUUCCGGACGAGGUCCUGCAGAGCCUGCUGGAGCACUACAGCCAUAAGCCGGAGGGGCCCCACCACCACCACGACGUGGCUUUUGACCUGUCUGACCACCCGCACCACGUGGACCUCCAGCCGGCUGCGCCCGUCACCCCCGAGCUGGAGGACGACGCGGCCAACGGGGGCGACAAAACGGCGGUGAUGAGCGAGUACUCCAAGUUCCUCUUGCAGGCCCUGGAGCGCACCAGCCACAGCGGGCCCUUCCCCAGCCUGGGCGCCACCGGGCCGUUCCCGCUCCUGUCCAGCAGCUCGAGUCCCACGGGGCCCCUGUUUUCCGACAAGCACGUCUACAGCACGUCGCCGCUGGAUUGCGGCUACCCCCCCGCCGUUUCUUCACCGCUGCCCAUCGCCGCCCCCUCCUCGACCACCUCGUCCACCUCAUCCAAGUCCCACUACGGCAUGCUGGUGGGUUCGCCCUCCCAGUCAGGCUUCCACCUGACUUUGGAGCCAGCCAGCCACCAGCAGCUAACGCCAUCUCAGGAGCUGACGGAGCAGCUGGAGAAGCAGCACUCCCCCGGAGCCUUCAACCUACCUCCCCAGGAUCUGACCGCCCAGGCGGAAAGCUCCAAGGGGCAACAAGCCAAGGCCGGGGGCAGUGCCGCCCCCGCCAACGGUUCAAGCUAUUCAGACCUGUCCCCUUUGAACCCCCCGAAAGAAUCCACCACAUACCAGAUUGAGAAUUUCGCCCAGGCCUUCGGCUCCCAGUUCAAGUCCGGGCGCCGCACCCCUCUUAGCUACGGCAGCGACCCCGGGGCGGAGGUAGACCACAGAAUACGGACUCCGGUUUCAGAAUUCUCAGGGUAUAGCAGCUUGUUAGCUGACGUCAGCGAGCCAGUGAGUACAGGAUCAAAAACCCCGACAAGCCAAAGUUUCAGAUAAGGGUCAAACGAGGUGAACCCGGUUGGUUGGGGUGGUUCUUGUCCUUCCGACGCCUUCCCAACUCAUCCCAAUUUUGUUCUUGUAGCAAAAUUAUUAUUUUUAAAUUUUUAUUUUAAACACUGCCAUUAAAUGAUGCAAAAUGACCAGGGAGGGUCUUACAUGGCCUCAAAUGCAAUUUUUUUAAAAUUCUUUGUAUUUAGUCGCUUACCUUUCGUUGGGAAAAAGUAGUGAUUUUUUUUUUUUCAUGAGUAUAAACCGUAGAUUUAAAUAUAAUUUAAAAUAUUUUGAGGGUAGAGAUGAACUUGCAUUUAUUACUUUCAGAACCGUUGUAUUUUACCAAUCAUCAUACUGUUGUAAAGUAAUAAUGUUGAUAAUUACAAAAAAAAAAUAAAAAACACACACUUUUGGCAGGGAAAGCCCAGAAUUCAAAUGGCAAAAAAAAAAACACAAAAAAAACUAUAUAUUGUCUGUUACAAGAAAUGUAUUAACUCAGGAAAUAGGCAAAAUUGUGAAAUAAGACUUUGUAUUAUGAGAUGCAAUUAGCACAGUUUUUACAGGUGUACUUGUGACAGGUGAACUACAAAGAUUUUUUUUUUUGGGGGGGGUGCAUUUUAUUGACAUGUUACUAGUCAUGGUUACGUUUGUGCUCUCCUGCGUGUUUUAGUCCAAACGACGGUACUGUUGCAUGUCAAUGUGAAGCCAGCCUGUAGAAAAGAAACCCAAUUCAAACACGUUGGACUCAGAACACAACGGACGGCGAGCAAACACUUGUUUUAUUUUUUUGGUUUUUGUCCAUGGACUCAAACUAGCACUUUUUUUUUCUUUCUUCCCCAAACAUAUCAUCAGAAACAAUAACCCGUUCAAUUUGUACUUUUUACGAUAAUAUUGCUUAUUUUAAAAGGAGAAAACUGUGAACAAGGGUUUCGGGAGGGUGGGGACGAUACGUUUUUUUUUUUGUUUUUUUUUUUUAUUAUUAUUAUUAUUAUUAUUUUUUGCCAGAAGGGGCGCGACAGAGUUUUUCUUGUGGUUUGUCGGGUGGUGAUGUAAAAAGAGGAUUUGCCAUAAUUUUUUGUGAUACACUAUUUUGAGAGUAGCUCUUUGUAUUUAAGUGUUUCUCCAGAGCUCGGCUGACAUGCUGGAACGGUCUCUCUCUCUCUCUCUCUCUCUCUCUCUCUCUCUCUCUCUCUCUCUCUUUCUCUUUCUCCCCCCCUCUCGCUCUCUAUUUUUAAAUUGUAUUUAUUCUCCAUUAGUCGCCACACACCUUUGUAGCAGUUAAUUUAUACAACACACCUCCUGAAUAUGCAGCAGGAAUUGAACAAAUGGCCUUCUUUGUCUUCCGUGGUCGAAGCCAUUCUCUCUAUCCCGGCAGCCAGGGUUGAUAUUUAAUUUAGUCGAUUUCCUGCGAACCUCACCAGCCCCCCUCCCCAAAAAACCCCCUCUUUUCCCCCCUCCCAAACUGUUUUUCUGGGACUCUGAAGCUGCAAAGGGGCGGGGGGACAAAAAAAAACUUGACCGACCAGCCGCUUCCCUCCAAACACACUAUGCUUUUAACGGAAAUGGAGAGAAAAAAAGACGAUAAGAUUGACUAAAUAUACCUCAUAUCACAAAAAGCGUAUAAAAGCAGGGACACGCGUUUCGUUGUAUGUAGUGGAAAAUAUUUGUAGAAUAGGUUCGACUUAUUGUAUCAUCAUUUUUUACACCGCCUGUGUUUACAAUGAUAGAGCAAGUGACUUGUCAAAAUGGAAAUAUGUAUUUUUUUUUUUAAUGUAAAAACAUCCAUGCCAAGCAGUGUUGCAUUCUAGAUGCCUCGUAGGACUUUUUUUUUUUUUUCUCUCAUGGUAUAUCCCUUAUUUUUGUUACUUGCCAUAAUGUGUUUUUGAUAUGAACGCUAGAAGGAUAUUGUUUACAAAAAAAUGUACAAAAACGCUAAAAAUGUUUUUUUUUUAAGUAUGCAUGAUUUUAAUGGCUUUUUUGUUUCCUGACUUGUCACCUCAAUACCAAAUGUCGUAGCAGAAGCCUCCCCUUUCCUUUGUCUGAUUAGUACUAGACCCUCGUGACAUGAUUUCCCGGGCUGUACCUGUUAUUGAGAUGAUGACCGGAUUAGAGAAGCCAAUAAA